GAAGAAGAACUAUCUAUUAACUGGUGAGGUUAUGUUUCCAUGAUCUUAAAAUCACAGUCCCUGUUUAAAAUGCCUAAAGUAAGCGAUAUAGAGAAGUGCAAGCACCCUAACAGCAGAAAAACCAAAGCGUUGGCAAAACAAAUAAAAAAACAAAAAUCAAGGGAUAAGAGCAAACUAGCUGGAAAUAUAAAAUUAAAUCUACUAGGUGAAAAAAUGUUAUGGUUUAAAGAACAUUUGAACCCAAAUUGGGUUGUAUGUAUGCCAGAAGAUGUAACAACUUUAAUUGAAAAGUAUUUGUGUAGAUUUGAUGAUGAACUGGAACAAAUUAAAAUUAAGCACUCAAUAGGAAAUAGAAAAAACCGCCAACACGCUAAUAGAGAAGAUAUCAUAAAACUUACAGUUAAAGGUGAACAUGAACAAUUUGUAGGCUGUGGAUUAGAAAUACCCGACUUAUUAGAUGCGCGACAAUUUAAUAUGCUAAAGGAGUGGAAUGGGGAAUUAAGAUUCUUACAGAAUUUUAAAAUAAAAAGAUACAGCAGAAAAAAUUUAGAAGAGGAACGGAAAAAACUACAAUAACUACCUAUUUGUUUUAAAUAAUAUAGCUGAU